GAUGCUGAGGAGCGCCGGCUUCGCGAGCAGCGCUGGCCACUGCGGACUUCCGAGGCACUCCGGGCCGUGAAAAGCCCUGCGCCGCGGCCAACCCCAGGCCUCCGAGGCCGGCCGCAGUUCCCCAAGCCGGGCUGGAAGAAGUGUCCAGCGUGGUAGCGCCGGUUCUCCGCAUCCCGAGAGACACCCCAGGGUUCUCGAGCUUCCCUGGCGACCCCUAGCCCCGGCCUCCGGCGAGCGACCGCCCCAGACCCCCUUGGGUGCCCCAGGCGCGGACGAACCGCGGCUGGGUCCUGGCGCACACCAUGAUCGUUGCGGACACCGAGUGCCGGACGGAGAUCAAGGGCUACCUGCCGUUCGCCAGGGGCGGCGUCGCGGGCCCCGGGACCCAAGAGGAUCAUCAGGAAGGCCGGGCUCGGCGAGGUCCUCGAGGACCCAGCGCCUUCAUUCCCGUGGAGGAGAUCCUUCGGGAAGGAGCCGAGAGCCUCGAGCAGCACCUGGGACUCGAGGCCCUGAUGUCUUCAGGACGGGUGGACAACCUGGCAGUGGUGAUGGGUCUCCACCCUGACUACCUUAGCAGUUUUUGGCGCCUGCACUAUCUGCUGCUGCAUACAGAUGGGCCCCUAGCCAGCUCUUGGCGUCACUACAUUGCCAUCAUGGCUGCUGCCCGCCACCAGUGUUCUUACCUGAUCGGCUCCCACAUGACUGAGUUCCUGCAGACUGGCGGUGACCCUGAGUGGCUUCUGGGCCUCCACCGGGCCCCCGAAAAGCUACGCAAACUCAGCGAGAUCAACAAGUUGCUGGCACACCGGCCAUGGCUCAUCACCAAGGAGCAUAUCCAGGCCUUACUGAAGACUGGAGAGCACAGCUGGUCCCUGGCUGAACUCAUCCAAGCUCUGGUCCUGCUAACCCACUGCCACUCUCUGGCCUCCUUCGUGUUUGGCUGUGGAAUACUUCCUGAAGGAGACGCAGAGGGCAGCCCUGCCUCACAGGCACCCUCGCCCCCCAGUGAGCAAGGCAGCCCCCCAAGUGGGGACCCACUGGACAACUCUGGGGGUUUUGAAGCUGCCCGUGACGUAGAAGCUCUCAUGGAACGCAUGAGGCAGCUGCAGGAGAGCCUGCUGCGCGAUGAGGGCGCUUCCCAGGAGGAGAUGGAGAACCGUUUUGAGCUGGAGAAGUCAGAAAGUCUGCUGGUAACCCCCUCAGCGGAUAUCCUGGAGCCCUCUCCACACCCAGACAUUGUAUGCUUUGUGGAAGACCCCACUUUUGGAUAUAAAGACUUCACUCGUCGAGGGACUCAGGCCCCCCCUACCUUCCGUGCCCAGGAUUAUACCUGGGAAGACCAUGGCUACUCCCUGAUCCAGCGGCUCUACCCCGAGGGCGGACAGCUGCUGGAUGAGAAGUUUCAGGUAGCCUACAGCCUCACCUACAACACCAUCGCCAUGCACAGCGGCGUCGACACCUCCAUGCUCCGCAGGGCCAUCUGGAACUACAUCCACUGUGUCUUUGGCAUCAGAUACGAUGACUACGAUUAUGGGGAGGUAAACCAGCUCCUAGAAAGGAACCUCAAAAUUUAUAUCAAGACUGUGGCCUGCUACCCAGAGAAGACAACCCGCAGGAUGUACAACCUCUUCUGGAGGCACUUCCGCCACUCAGAGAAGGUUCACGUGAACUUGCUGCUCCUUGAAGCCCGAAUGCAAGCAGCCUUGCUCUAUGCCCUCCGCGCCAUCACCCGCUACAUGACCUGACUCCCUCCUAUUCAGGAUCAGCACCUGGAGCAGCUGACCCUGGGGCACUGUCCUCUCCGCAAGGAUUUCUGUGUCUGGAGACAGAUCCAGGCCCCUUUCCGUUUCAUGUCCAUCCACCAAAUGCUGGGGAUGGGCGCGUGCGUGGCAUGCAGCCCCCUAGGCAAGAAGCCAUGCCUUCAUUUUCCUCACUGGACUGGACAGGAUUGUUGCACUGACUUUGGGGUCUCAGCUCUGCGCCUGGAGCUGGACGACGACCUAGGAAAGCCCAAGGGACCAUGCCCCUUUUUCUUUCCUGCUCCUCAAAAAAGAUGAAGGCGACUGUGUUAAGCUCAGACCGAUGUGCCAGCAGGCUGGGCCCCAGGCACCACAAGUGCUAGGGCCUUCCUGGCCUGGGAAGCCCCUGGCUGCCCCUGUGGGAGAGGAGCAAAGACCUCAAGGGACUGACACUCCAGGAAGCUCGCCUUCCCUCCUUCCUCAUUCUCCAAUUUCAUUACCUCCCACCUGCCUUCCACCCAUCAAUGUGAAAGUUGGCCUCACAGCUGGUCUGUGCGCCCAGUUCCCCCAAACCCUGUUCUGUUGGGCAGCCUGUACUUUGGUUGCCUGGAUAUUGGUUCAGUUCUUCUGUCUCCUUUGCCCUCAUACCCUUUUCUUCUAUGCCUGUUGGUGUAGGGCCCGGGAGAGGGGCCAAACAUAUCCAAAGAACACACUCUCUCUGGAGAGUUGGAGCCCAUGUUGGUCCCUCUGCUGUCUGAAGAAUAAGGAGUAAAAUGCUGAUGCACUCUAUAUUUGGGUCUCGUGGGGGAGGUCUGGCCUCUGGAGGACUUCCGUAGAGCCAGAGUCAAGUCCUAAGAGGGAGGCAGCCCUACUCUAGACUCUUAACAUGCAGACGCUGGAUCCCAUUCUUCUGAUCCCUCCAGCUGCCUAAAAAAAUUGAGCCUUUCUUAGGUGGACCAGGACCCGCCCAGUAAGAUACCAAGGUCCUCUUUCUCUUGGCCACAUCUGCGCAUCUCUUGGACCUCACAGUUGCAGACGGAGGGGUUGGCUUAAGUUUCUCAAGGUCUGACGCUUUCCUCUGGGCUCUCAGGCCAAAGCUUCAACAGCAGGCUGAUUUUUUUUCUUGCAAGACCUUGAAGGUCUCUGGGGACCUUUAUUCUACAGUCAGCCUUCCAAGGGACACCACCCCCACCCCCGUGUCCCUUCUGUCCCCUCUCCUGGAUUUAAAUGGAUUACUUGGCAGAAGCAGUGCAGGACUGACAGGCACUUUACAUAGCAAAACAGCUGUGAAUUCUGACUUUCCUUCUCUUCCACCAGCAGUGGGUGCCUCCUCUCAGGCAGUCCAGAGGCGACUGAGAAAGUCAAGGACACACUGCUGCUAUUCCCACCUCCAUUGGGCCAGACCGAGCAGGAGCCUGGCCAGUGCCACAUUUCAUACCCGUGCCGGCACGGGACACAACUAGUAUCCCCAUCCACGCUUCGAAGCCCUCCCUGCAAUGAAGGUGGGCAAGAGGGGAGGGUGCCUCAGCAUGGGGGUACAUU